UUGUAUCUCAAGCUCAGGGCGGAGAGAACAGCCUCACAGCCUUAUUUGUUGCUAGACAGGGUCACAUGACCACAAAAUGGUGGAGGCUCUCGGCAGUGGGUGAGCUGAGCAUCUCUGACGCUGAGAGACACAGGCACACAUCCAUGAUCUGAAACCCAGGGCAGGAAACAGAACUGUGCCUCAGCCGUGUGUUCCCUUUCUGGCGAUGAGGGGAUGGACCAGACUCAUGAACAAAAGAUGAGUUUUGAGGGGGCAGAAGGUAGACCAGCUCCACCCACCUCCCUGCCCCUGCAGGGCCAAGGGGGCAUGGCCUCUCAGAGAAAGAAGCUAUCGGCUCCUCGUAUAAGUCUAUCAUUGGACCAAAGUGAGGAUGACCUGUUUGAAACACCAGAUGACCUCGACAUCAAUGUGGAUGAUCUGGACACACCUGAUGAAGCAGAUUAUACUGACCAUGAAAUAGACUGGGAAGAGCCUCAAGCAUCUCAGAGGGAUUCUGUUAAAGAAACAGUUGAGCCCAUUCCCACAUACAGUGCUCAGGAGGAGCGGCAGGAUUCCAAACUCUGGAGAACCGUCGUCAUUGGAGAGCAAGAGCACCGCAUCAGCAUGAAGAGCAUUGAACCUUACCAAAAAGUCAUAUCCCAUGGAGGGAACUAUGGCAAUGGCACAAAUGCCAUCAUUGUAUUUGCUGCAUGCUUCCUCCCUGACAGUGACAGAGAGGACUAUCACGAGAUCAUGGAGAACCUCUUCUUAUAUGUUAUCAGUACACUAGAGCUCAUGGUAGCAGAAGAUUACAUGAUUGUGUACUUGAAUGGAGCCACUCCACACCGGAGGACGCCUGGCUUCAACUGGCUCAAGAGAUGCUACCAGAUGAUUGAUAGGAGGCUCAGAAAGAACUUAAAAUCUUUCAUCAUUGUUCACCCAUCAUGGUUCAUUAAGGCAAUUUUAGCCAUCACGAAACCGUUUAUCAGCUCAAAGUUCAGCAGUAAGAUCAAGUAUGUGAACAGCUUAGCAGAACUGGAGCAGCACAUCCCAAUGGAGUACGUCCACAUACCUGAGUGCAUCAUCAGACUGGAUGAGGAGUUACGGGAAGCAGCAGAGAGCUCUAGAAUCAGCAGCUUUCUCCAAGGAAGUGAGAAUCCACAAGAAUCGAUAGCUCAACCCAAUGCAAGCAGUUCAUAAGAGCCAUCGGCUAUGGGUGCAAGAACAAAAUGUCUGUAAAGGUGUUGAGUAUUUCAAAUUGUAAUGAUUGCACACUGAUAUGGAUGCAAUAAUUGCAUAAUAUAAGAGAAAGUGUAUUUUUGUGCUUUGGUAUAUCACAGUGCUGGGAUGAAAAGUGCAGCACCACAUGUUCUUUAAGUCAAAUCACCUCAAAUGUAAUAAUUCUUCUCACAGAACGGUAGCUUAAACCAGCGCAAUGCUAGGAUCAUUCUUUGUCUCUUAUCGUCUUGCAAAAGUUUCUCGCAUUACUUGAAUUAUGCAUGAGAAGGAUUUUAGCAAUAAUAUAAUGUACUUUAAUGUUUCCCCUUUAGACUCAUAAUUUUCACCAUCAGGAUUUUUUUCUAAUUGGAGCAUGCAUAAAGGGUAAAUCCUGUCACUUCAGCUGCUCUGUAUUGAUAUUAGUGCAUGCAAAGUUAUUCUCAAUGCACAGCACCCUGUAUGCACUAAUGCCAAUUAUCUACCCUCUCAU